AUCAAUUUAUUAAAUUUAUUUAUUUAUUUGUUAAAGUAAAUCAAAUAACGCAACCAAUAUUUAAUAAUUGGAACUUUGAUACUUCAAAGGCAAUAUGUACCAAGUACUUUAUAUGUUGUUAUUUACUGAACUUAUUUACAUAAAAUUUUAUUUUAUAUAUAUGUAUGUAUAUACAUGCAAAAACAUUACACGCAUUUACGUAAGAGUAAGAAAAUGUGGGGGAGUAGUUACCGUGGAGAAAACCUGUUGUUAAUCAUAGCAACGGUGCUUUGUUUCACGCACUUUACAAGACUAUUCACGCUUUUGUGUUUUAUAUCAUUGUUUAAUACACAAAGUGUGAGUAAUCGUAUUAUUGAAUUAAUUAGCGUGAUGUUAAUUAUUAUCUAAAAAAGAUGACUUUGCAUCAAGAUAAAUCUUUAUUGUUAUCGGAAGAAAUAAAAAAGCAAAUAAAAACUUUGUCGGAGCCUAGAGACAAUACAGACAUAUUUCCACCGAAGGGGAAUCUUCACAAAUCGUCAUAUCGAAGACUUGGUCCGCAGUCCGACGAAGUCACCGGAAUUUCAGAAACAUGCGCCAUGUUGUCACAAAUUAAACUAAAAGACGAAUACAAACCGAUUGCUUACCCUCGACGUAGUUUACUCACGAUGCAAUCGCUCGCUUCGGCAGAGAAGGAUUAUGAGGAGAAGGUAAUGAAAUUGACGGACAUCCUUCUGGAUCCUAUAGUCAUUUGUCAGAUGAACUAUCGCACCACUUCAAGCAGCGAUUAUCGGUUGCCUUAUCCUCUGAAACCGAAACCACCAUCAUCACCACCACCACCGGAGCCGUGGUUGUUAAAUCGACGCACCAUUGGCUACAAUCUUCAGGAUUUGGAAAAUCGUUGCGGGUAUCAUACCUUUUUAGAUGAUAAUAUGGAUCUUCAUCAAAGAAUAGCAGAGUUAAAAAUGCAAAGGGGGAAAUUAUAUGAAAUUCUAAUAAAUAGUAAACACCAGCAAAAUUGCAUUAACGAUUGAACAAUUAUAUUUUUUGCUUUAUGAAAGAUAUUUCUGCAAGUGCUAAAGUAGAAGGAGGAAUUAUAAAAUUAUCUGAACUUAAAUAAAUCUAAGCUAGAAUAUUUUGAAUAAAUUGAAAUAAUAACAAUAUGCAAAAU